AUCUAAACAACCAUCAUAAUACAAAUGAGGAGAUAACUAUGGAUACAUUCCGAGUCACAACUCUUACAAAACAAAACUGAAACAAAAUAAAAAAACACACCCGCGAGAUUUGGAUCAGUCUGGUACAACUUUAAACAACGUUUUGCAGAUUCAACAAUUCAGUACAAUCCCACAUGUAAUUAGAAAACUCUUGUCCCCCUCACCCCCCCUUCUUUUUCGUUUUUCCCUUUUAGGGGUUUUUAACAAACGCAUACAGAGCAGGAGAUUCUAUACAGCAAAAGCUUGCAAAUUAUGCAGGUUGACAGAAGAUAUCAAUGCAAAGAAGUGCUACUCUUAGCUUAUCAGAGUUUUGGUGUACUCUUUGGUGACCUGAGCAUUUCACCCCUUUAUGUCUAUAAAAGUACAUUCUCCGGGAAGUUGAGUAAUUACCAAACUGAAGAUGUUAUAUUUGGGGCGUUCUCCUUGAUAUUUUGGACUUUCACACUUCUGUCCUUGUUCAAACAUGUCAUUAUUUUGUUAAAUACAGAUGAUAAUGGUGAAGGAGGAAUUUUUGCUUUAUACUCUCUCCUUUGUAGGCAUGCAAAAUUUUCUUUACUUCCCAAUCAUCAAGCGGCAGAUGAAGAGCUUUCUACAUAUCACGGUCCGCGUUACUCAAGCAGAAAUCUGCAGUCAUCAUCAGUCAAAAAGGUUGCUGAAAGGCAUAAAAAGUUGAAAACUGCUUUGCUGCUUCUAGUUUUGUUUGGUACUUCCCUGGUUGUUUGUGUGGGCUUCCUGACACCGGCAAUGUCCAUUCGUUCAUCAAUUGAAGGGCUGAAAGUUCGAUCAAACAAUCUGCAUUAUGGUGUGGUGGUUGUCAUAGCCUGUAUUCUGUUGGUUGGCCUGUUUGUUUUGCAGCACCGUGGCACCUACAGGGUGGCCUUCAUGUUUGCCCCUAUAGUGAUUUUUUGGUCAGUGUGCAUUGCAGCUAUUGGUCUCUACAAUAUCAUUAAGUGGAAUCCAAGAAUUUAUGAGGCCCUUUCUCCGUAUUAUAUUUACAAAUUCUUUAGAGACACUGGACGUGAUGGUUGGAUUUCACUUGGAGGAGUGCUUUUGUGUAUCACUGGAACUGAAGCUUUGUUUGCAGACCUUGGCCAAUACACAGCUGCAUCGAUAAGGCUAUCCUUUUGUGGCAUAAUUUACCCAUGCCUAGUGCUCCAAUACAUGGGGCAGGCUGCUUUUCUUUCAAAGAAUUUUGCUGCAGUAUCCACAAGCUUUUACGCUUCCAUUCCAGAUUCCUUGUUUUGGCCAGUUCUUUUGCUCGCAACUUUAGCUGCAAUGGUUGCUAGCCAGUCCGUAAUCUCUGCGACGUUCUCUAUUGUCAAACAAUGCUAUGCCAUAGGAUGUUUCCCUCGUGUCAAAAUUGUACAUAAAUCCAAAUGGUUCCGUGGUCAGAUAUACAUUCCAGAGAUCAAUUGGGUCCUUCUGAUUCUCAGCCUGGCUGUCAUGAUUGGUUUUAGAGACAUAAAUCAUUUGGGGAAUGCUUAUGGACUUGCCUGCAUGUCUGCAACAUUUGUGACAACGUGGUUGACAGCUUUGGUCAUUAAUUUUGUCUGGCAUCAGAGUCUUCUGCUUGCCCUUCUAUUUGUCAUCUUCUUUGGGUUAGUUGAGAUCAUCUUCCUAUCAUCAUCUUGUGUAAAAAUCCCUAAAGGUGGAUGGGUUCCUCUCAUGCUCUCUGUUAUCUUCAUGCUUAUUAUGUAUGUGUGGCAUUAUGGCGCUAGGAAGAAGUAUUUAUACGAUCUACAUAACAAAGUAUCCAUGAGAUGGAUCCUCACGCUGGGUCCUAGUCUUGGAAUUGUUAGAGUCCCAGGGAUAGGCCUUAUAUUCACUGAGUUGGUUAGUGGAGUUCCAGCCUCAUUUACCCAUUUUUUAACCAAUCUACCGGCAUUCUAUCAAGUGGUUGUCUUUGUUUGUGAGAAGACUGUUCCUGUACCAUAUGUCCCUCAGAAAGAACGGUAUCUCAUUGGCCGUAUCGGUCCCAAAUCUUUCCGAAUGUACCGCUGCAUUGCUCGAAAUGGUUACAAAGAUGUGCAAAAAAAUGAAGAUGAUUUUGAGAAUGAACUUGUCAUGAGCAUAGCAGAGUUUAUCCAACUAGAAGCUGAAGGUUGUGGAACUGUUGAUGGAUCUUUGGAUGGCCGACUGGCUGUUGUUAGGACAUCUGAAAAGUUUGGCAAAAGGUUGGAAAUGUCAGAACCCGAGAGCAAUGGAGAAGGUAGCAGUUCAACAUCCACUGCCUUGUUGAAUAGCAGCAAGUCACACACAUUGCAGUACCUGCAGUCCACAUAUGAGCUGGAAUCACCCCGGUUCAGCCUAAGGCGGCGUAUUCGAUUUAAGUUGCAAGACAUGAAAUAUAAGGAUCCAAAUGUCAAGGAAGAGCUCUUGGAGCUAGUGGAAGCAAAGCAUUCUGGGGUUGCAUAUGUAUUAGGUCACUCCCAUAUAAAGGCAAAAUGGAAUGCCCCAUUCUUGAAGAGAUUCGUAAUCCACGUUGCCUACUCUUUCUUACGGAAAAACUGCAGGGCUCCGGCCGUGGUCUUGAACAUCCCUCAUACUUGUUUGAUUGAGGUUGGUAUGAACUACUAUUUGUAGAACUUUUUGCUCAAUCUUUUUCCCUUUUUUGCUAUUGUUGAAGUCGAGUAGUUGUGGAUUCAAGUUGUUAAUGGUAGCUGAGAUACAUUUUUGAACAAUGGGUUAUGGAGUUGAUCCUUACUUUGGUGUUACCCAGAAGAGCUACAACCACCUGCAAGGUCUUCAUACUUGGAACAGUCUCCUGUUUUGUAUUUUCCUAACUAUCCUUCUAUCUUGUACAUAACAUUUUAAGUUUUGAUUGUAUCUACAAAUAUGGAAAUUCUUUUCUCCA